AUGUCCUGUUGGGUAAUCUCUCUCUCUCUGUUCCUGGGUCUGACCUUGGCUGUUCCUGAAGGUAAACUGUAUGAGGGCCACUCCGUUGGGCCAUCAUGUCUUCCAGGCCACCCUUGCACACUUGCUUUUAUCUCUGACAACCCGGUGAUCCUGCGUUGCGCUCAUGCCUACGUCAGAGUCUACAUCACUUGGCAAUACCUUGAUCCAGUCUGGACGAAAGAGCAGCCUGUCACCUUUUUGCACUCAGGCGGGCCCUUCUGGCCUUUGCUAAGCCAUGCCAAGUUGCGAAGGCUACGGUUUAAAUCUCGACUAGUCGCUGGCAACUUGUAUAUCCCAAGCCCCAGCGUGGAGGACUCUGGGUUGUACACCUGCCGUGCAGGUGAUGCCACAAUUGCCUAUUACCUUGUGGAUUUUCAGGAUGCUGGGAACAUCCAUGUCUCUCACGCUAGCCUUGGGGAGGCCACCUUGGGUAACACCACGGCAGAGCUAGAAAACGGAGAAGAGGUCAACCUUUUCACUGCCUGGAGUCCUUGGCAGGCUUGCGAUCGCUGUGGCCACUCUGGAGAAAGAAAACAGGUGGGGUUUUGUUAUGCCCAGGUGACUGGGAAGGAUCACAAGGCAGAAGAGCCUCUGCCCUGUGGAAUGGUCAGGAAGAAGCACCCGGCGUUGCCACAACGGGGGCCGGAGCUGAGAGUGGAAACCUGCCAAGUGCCCUGCAACAUGUCUUACUCAUUGGCUGAGAAUGAGCCUAAUACAGUGCCACUUCUUGUUUUUACCACCUACCAUCCCCAGCUCAAGACUGUUGCCCACCUGCGUUGCCCAACCUCUUCCAUUUACAGCCCUGUCUACUGGCAAGAAGGCCCCACGACACUGACCCGCCUCGAACUUCUCCAAAAGAACAGCUCCCAGAGCCUGGACAAAGCCACAGGGGGUGGGAUCCUACGCCUCUCCUUCCACAACGACUCACACAGCGAAUUCUUCCAGUGUUACGUUAAUGGGCAUCUAGUGGGCAAGUUUCUGGUGGCCUCCCCCGGCGCCAUGCCACGUUCUGGGGAGCUGGCCCACACCUACUCUGUCAUCGAAGCGCUGGUAGUGGGUCUCUCCAUUUUCCUUGUCUUCCUGAUGUUCCUCAGCAUCAUCCAGUCCUGCAGGAGGAAACCGGGAACCACCAUGGUCUAAGAAGAUGUGCGUGAAGCUUCAUGGACAUCCCCGGAAUGGGGACGCGGAGUGCUGACUAAUAAAGGUA